AACCCUUUACGUAAGUCCUGGAGCCGCGCGAGGACUCCAGCGGCACGCCGCCGCUUUUUCACGCGCGUUGAUUAUUAAACAAUAAAGACGAGGAAAAAAUCUCCCACUCGCGCGCUCUCUCUCUCGGUUUACGCACGGUGCUUUGAUUUAUCAUGUAGAACCGGGGCGUGUUUCUUUUUUUAAACAUUUUUUCCCUUUUUAUUUAAUUAGUCUUUUUUUGUUGUUGCUCGCGCGCUCUCGUGCGGCGUCCCAUUGAUUAAAGUCGUGCUUUUGUGGCGCGCGGAAGUUCUCCCGACUUCUAUAAAUAACUCCACAGGAGCGAGAAGAUCGGCGGAGGAGACCACCGUCAUGAGUGAGCAGAGUAUCUGUCAGGCCCGGGCCGCUGUCAUGGUGUACGACGACGCCAACAAGAAAUGGGUUCCAGCCGGAGGUUCCACGGGUUUCAGCAGAGUCCACAUCUAUCACCAUACAGGGAACAACGCUUUCCGGGUGGUCGGCCGCAAAAUUCAGGACCACCAAGUGGUGAUAAACUGUGCCAUUCCCAAGGGACUCAAAUAUAACCAGGCAACGCUGACUUUCCAUCAGUGGCGUGACGCACGCCAGGUGUACGGUCUUAACUUUGGCAGCAAGGAGGAUGCUAAUGUGUUUGCCAGUGCCAUGAUGCAUGCUCUGGAGGUGCUCAACUCUCAGGAUGCAGGCCCCACGCUGCCAAGACAGAGCCCUCAGGUGCAGAAUGGCCCCUCGCCAGAGGAGCUGGAAAUGCAGAGACGGCAGCUGCAGGAGCUGCAGCGUCAGAAGGAGCUCGAGCGCGAGCGUCUCGAGCACGAACGUCAGGAACGUGAGCGGCUGGAGCGCGAGUCGCUGGAGCGCGAGCAUCAGGAGCGCGAGCGCAUGGAGAGGGAGCGCGCAGAGCAGGAGCGUCUGGAGAGGUUGGAGCGGGAGCGCCAGGAGCAGCUGGAGAGCGAGCGCGCCGAAUGUGAGCGGCUGGAGCGCGAGCGUGCCGAGAGGGAAAGGCAGGAGAGGGAGCAUCGGGAGCAAAUCGAGCGAGAGGACUCGGACAGAGGACGACGCAUCUCCAACGCUGCCUUUGAGAGUACCCUCCACACCCCUCCACCUCCAGACUGCAACAAGAGCUCUGCCUCUUCUUCACCCGUAUCCCCUUCCACCCCCAACUACCCUCCUCCUUCUUCCUCACCCUCUGUAGUCCCGCCUCCCACCCCUCCUCUACGCCACUCUGCCUCUCGUUUUGCCACUUCGAAAGGCUCUGCCUUCCACCCAGUCCUACCUCAUUAUGCCACCGUCCCUCGGCGGCAUCCGGCUCAGCCUACACCCUCAGCUCUGCCUCCUGCCCCAGCUUCCAAAACUGUGGUCUGCCAGUCCACCAAUUUCACGCCCUUACCGCCAUCGCCUCCGGUCAUGAUCAGCAGCCCCCCUGGCAAAGCCACCGGCCCCCGGCCUGUCAUUGCCGUUCCAGCCUCUAGUCCUCUUUUUUCCUCCUCACCCACAGCACCCAAUGGGCCUCCAGUCACCACUCAAUACCAUGCCUCUUCCCCAGUCUUGGGCCAGCCCCUUCCCCCACCCCCGACUCCACCCCUGCCUCCUCAUUCCUUGCCCCAAUUCACCACCCCCAUGACCCCCUAUGUGUCCUGUCCAUCCACCCAGCCUCCUGUUAUCCCCUCUCCUUCUACAGCCUGCCCUGCCAAUGCUGAUUGCUCUGUAAACUCGGUGCUGGGAGACUCCUCUGCUCCAGAGCCGGAUUCAGUGCAGGCUGUCCCCACCCUGCCUCCUCCACCCCCUCUCCCACCCAGCUCCACUGUGACCCCAACUUCUGCUGGAGCCCCUCCCCUUCCUGGUCCACCUCCACCUCCCCCUCUCCCCACCACACUUACUCCCACAGGUCCGCCUCCUCCGCCUGGACCACCUCCACCUCCAUCUGGUCAGGUCCCGCCUCCUGCUCCCCCUCCGCCUCCGGCGCCGCCUCUACCCUCUGGUCUUUUUACUCCCUCCCCCACUGGCGAUGACAACAAGGCCUUGUCCGGCCUGGCAGCUGCCCUCGCAGGCGCCAAGUUACGGAGAGUGUCGAGGAAUGAAGAGCCCUCUAGUGUGGCCAUCGGAGGUGUGGUGGCUCCCGGUGCUGCCAAGCCCGAGGCUGCCCGAGGAAACGGUCCUCUGCCUGGAGGAGGAGGAGGAGGAGGAGGAGGACUCAUGGAGGAGAUGAGUGCCCUACUGGCCAGGAGGUACCAACACUCUCCAUUCCGUAGUGGCGCUUUAAGCGUGGACAAAGUAAAUGCGUCAGUGCUACAAGUGCAAAGAAGAAUCACAGAGAAAGGAUCAUCACCAGAGCCUGAGCCGAAAGCGGAAGAAAUCGAAGCAACCGUUACUCCAAAAUUGUCGGCCUGUAGCACACCAGACAUGCCCAGAAAGCCAUGGGAAAGGACAAACACUAUAAACGGUAGCAAAUCCCCAGUCAUUGGAAGACGGGAUGCACCAUGGAGAAAUCAGAUGAGUACUGAAAAGUACUGCGAUUCCUUAAACAGGCCAAGGUCUACGCCCACUCCUACUGGAUCCCUAAGUGCCAAUGGAGUGCCAACAGAAACUCUGGACUAUGAUAGAUUGAAACAGGACAUUCUGGAGGAGAUGAGGAAGGAACUGUCAAAACUGAAAGAAGAACUUAUUGAUGCGAUCAGGGAGGAGUUGGGCAAGUCCAGCUCUGCAUAGGAGACCAUGACUCCCCAACUAUUUCCCAACCAUGGUCCAUCACUCAAGGCCAGCUUCAGUUCUGACACUUUCUAAAAAUGCAGUGGUAAUGGACAUUUUACAAAAGCAUUUUAAACUUGUGGUGAUAACAAUAACCGUGCUAAUUCCGAAGAAGCAUUUGAUGGCAAUGCCAUUUUAGGGCUACAAGUACCAAGAAGAGAUGCCAUAGGUGUGAUUUCAGGCUGUGGAAUUUCCCUCAAUGUUCCAACUAGCGAGUGGGACGCAGCCUUUAUAAAGAAGUGACUGUCAAUAUGCAAAAGAUUACUCUAUCAUAGAAAGAUGAGCAAUCGUUUUCGAGGAGGAAAAACACAACCUGUUACUGAACUGUUUACUGUAUUAAUCAUUGAAGAGUGACUGUACUUUCCAGCAGGUGACAUUCAUUAUUUGGCUCAUCUGCUCAGCAAAGGGCAGUCCUGUUUGGUCAGAUUAGCGGGAAGUAGCGCUUAGCUUAGCUUGGCUUGCUUCACACGGCUGAGGAAAACCUUUAGAGUCAGUCCAGACAAGCAGCUGAAGGACCGGGUUGUAGUUUCUUACUGCAGGACUUUGUAAAGCUCGUCUUCCUGAUAUCAUUAUAAUCCGAGUAUGUACUUUAACGACAAAAUAGAUAUUCUUCAACUCGUUUAAUUAUGUCUGUUCUAAUAUAUUCCAUGGCCAUAUGAAGUAGCUUAGUCAUGCAAUCUGAGGAUAAUCAGCAUCAGUUUUGGUAAUUACCCAGGGACAUUCAGAGAUGAAUGCUCAAAAGUCUAUCUCAUGAACCACUGUACGAUAUUAAUUACCGUUGUUUUGUAUGUUGGGAAAAUGGCUUGGAAUGAUCGGGUGAGAUGAUGCCUCUCUACUGUAAUUCAUUGUAGCUUUUUACCAAAUAGUCUCAGUCAAAAUCAUGGGUGAAAUGCCAAUCUCAACAAGACCGCAUCUGUAGAUAGUGCUAAUAACAACUAGCCUCUUUUUUUCUUUCUUUCUUUAAAAAAACAAACAAAAAAAAAACUAUUUCUUGGUCCACUGCAGGCUCUUCUCUUAUUUCUUUUUCGGUUUUAGUGCAUGUCUUGUUCUGAAUGCUAUGGGAAAUCUUGCUGCCACGAAACAGAAAUCGUUUAUUGUUUUCAAUUUAUAAGCAAUAAGUGUAGCACUGACGCUCUGUUUUCCUCCCCAUGUGCAUUUCUGUCGUUUUUUUUUCUUUUUUUUUCUGGAAUUAUCUAUUACCCCGUCGCUGAAUGAGUGAGAGAGUGUUUUUAAACUGCACACAAGGUUUUUUUUGUCUAAUAAACUGUAAACAUGGACAACCUGUUUAGAGCUAUAAUUAAUUCACGCAGGUACAUCCUCAAGAGUCUUUUGGACUGUGUUUUUAUUUUUUGAUUUCCAGAUUCUGGUUCUGUCGGGCUUUAUUAACUAGAAUGAUUUUUUUUUUUUUUCGAAUUUCAAGACUAUUGCAAGUCUAAACGCUCGAUGUAUGAUCAGAGGUGGAAAAUUCAUUCACAGCAUAAAAUUAGCAUGACUGGAGACUGAUGAUGGUUUUUGUUGUUGUUAUUGAGCUUGUAAAUGUACUAUAAUUUUUUUUUCCCCUCAGAGUAGCAUUUUGUCAUGGUUAUUGCGAUUUGCUUACAGUCCCUCUUAAAAACCCCUGAUCAAAACUUUUUCUUAACCUCCCCCCCUUCCCCAUUCCUGAUCAUCCAACAUAAUCUAUCAAGGAAUCAGAAAGUAUGUAUAGAGACAGCAUUGAUUGCACUUUAAUAACCUGUAAGAUCAAAUAAUGCUACUGCUGAUGAUGUCAUCGCCCCGUGUGUGGCAGUCCCACCAAAGGUCAACGGUAACAAUCUCCAGAACACCACACUGUCCUGAGCUGCCUUUUGUUUUAUGGAAGGCUACGGACGAGAAACAUUGCAAUCGAGAUUGAUUUCAUACGUGGAUAAAUCUGUUUGUGAUCUUCAUGGUUUGUGCCUUGUUCUGAAGUCGCAUUUAAUAUGUCAAAUAUUUUUUAAAAAUGACGAGUAAUAAUUAUACGGCUAAUCAUAACCUCAUUCGUGUUUUACAUCCUGCUAUAGUGGAGUAUAAAAGGGAGAUUUUUAAGUUUGUUUGUUUCAAACAAAAUGUGCAUUUAUUCUUCAUGCCAUUUUUAUUACAGUAAGGUUUGUGUUAAAAGUGGUUUAUUCUGAAUAAUUCUGAGGUCUGAAAGGUUUGCUGCGUUUGAAUAAUGAUGAAUCGUCAACUGUGUUUUCUUAAAAAGCUGACACAUCCAUCUUCAGACAUGGCUGAGACCAAGUUGACUUUUCAGGUGUGUGUGUGUUGGAUAAGCUCCAAUUGAAUGUCCACAAAAUGCAUUUUAUUGGUUUCUUUUCUUCUCUUUUUUUUCCUUUUCUAUUUUAUCAUUCGCCUUGUACCAUACUGUUCUCAUAUUAAUUAGACAUUUCUUACAUGCUAACAUUGAUUUGUUUGUUUAAGCAAAUGAAAUAAAAAAAAAAUUGCAAUAUA